ACAAAAUGUGAUGCUGGCAACAGAAACCUUUCCCACACAAGGCAGUUGCACUAAUGUACCAUAGCUUAAAGUGUUCAUUGGCUGCAUUAAGCCCCCAGAGUCAACAUCAACUCUGGCUGGACGUUUAGCAAAUAGACAAACAUCCCGAUCUACUAAACUGGAGGAGAGGAUAAAAAAGCAGAGCAAAAUAUUGAGUGACUUGGCACUGGAAGUUCAUUAUGGUUCUAAGAUUGACCUCCUGCAUGGCAUUUCGUUUUCAGUGGGCCGGAGAUUUAGACAGCAGUGCAGCAUUGACUCAGCCUGGCAAGGACAACUGGAAAAACGAGAUACUUGUUGACUAAGCUAAUUCGUACAAAGACUGGGGACAGUCUUUACAAUCAGAUUGGAGAAGAGCAGGCAACAGUGCAAAUCCCACCAUCAGCAAUCUUGAAACUUCAAGAUCAAUGCAAUUCCGGACAGACAAUUGAUGAGAUCAGGAAGAUAUUGCCACCUGGAUAUCUUGCAACCAAAAGAAAGGUUGCUGAGCUAAAGACCAAAUACAAAUUAGAAUUUGAGGCUAUAAUGCAACCACAAAGAACAGCAACUGGUUAUCGCACUGAGCCAGCCCGUUUGGUCGAAUGUCUGCAUUACCUUUACUAUUGGCUUCCUAAAGAACAGUGGUGGCACCUUUAUGGUGAUGGGAGAAAGUAUGGCAAGAAGGACACUGUGAUGAUGGCUAUCAGCAAUGUAAACAAUGAGCAGAAGUUAAAUGGAAUAAAAUUUCAAAGCCCAAAAGAAAUGUGGCCUAUUCAAAUUUUUCAUCACAAGGACAGCCGUCGAAACCUUGAGCUUAACAUUGGAGAUGGUCAUGGUGGACCAGGAUACUUUAAUGAAUGGAUUAAAGACAGUCAGAACCUGGGCCACCAGGUGUUCCUUGGUGCAGACUCUAAGUUCUUGGAUGCUGUUGCUGAUCCAGGGCUCAGCCCACUCUCCCAAGACAAGUGGAACCUAAGGAUGCAAUGCUCAGCAUCAGAAAAGGGAAAAGUAGAUCCAUCCACAGGACUAAGAACAGACCUCAACCUUUCAUUUGACCGUCCUCUUCCCAAGUCGCUGCUUCCUGCUCUUACUGGUGAUCAUAUCCUUAUGUGUAUUGACCAUGGCUUCACCAGAGUUGCAGAAAAUCUAAUAAUGAAGGUUGUCCGGACAUGUCUUGAUGUGGAGUCAAGGUAUGGUAGAGAGCGAAGGAAUGCUGCAUUGGCACAUCUUAAUGCUAACAUAAAUGCAAGAGAUGUCAGAGGAGGUCAUUUUGAACUUCCAAUUGAUCUUAAAGGUCACCUAGGUGACCUCAGCCUCAAUAAGUCCCAAGCCUACACCAUCCUAGCUCCCUCAGAGGACUUCAAAGACAAACAUUACAAUCACAUCUUGGAUAAUGGAAGUUCUGGUGUUCUUCCAAGUUGUGAACUACAGCAGAUGUUGUCCCCAAAGCUUGCUGAGGCCCUUGGAAUGACAUCACAAAAGAUUAACGACAUUAACUGUGUGAAGUUUAUUUGGUGGCAUUUCUAUCAGAUGUAUAGGAUACUGAGGAAAAAUACAGCUCAACUAAAGCCAGGGCAUCCAAGUAGUUCAACAAAUGUUGAAGACUGUGAAUUUGGAUUACAUGACUCUGAAAUUUCCAGAUAUGUUUACCAUGCCGAUAUGUUCCAUGCUUUGAUGAUUUUCCGUUAUGGCUGCAAAGAAGUAACUCCCUACAUGAUGAAAUUUGUGAAUGUUGUCCCAAAACAUCUCUGCAGCACCCCAUUCAAGUCACUCAUGCAUGUAGCAACUGAGGGUGGAGAACGGACUCAUUACAUGCAUAUUUGUUUUUAUCAUCAGCAUUCAACACGAGAUGGUGGCCUUCACAAGCCUGACACAAUUCUUAUGCUGUUGUCUUGGUCAUACCGAAACUUGAGGGAGAGAAUAAAUGACUGCCCUGAACAGAUUAGGACUGACUUUGAGCAUUAUGCACAACAACAUGUGGAAGAAUUUUCCAUACCGGACCAAAUCCUCCAGUGGCUGUGUCUGGUGCAAGUGUGGUUGGGCAAUUGCUGCCACUUAAGAGGAUGAACUUUGUUAUAGUUGGAAGGAUGCCUGGAUCAACACAGAAGAAAUUUAAAGAGAAAGUAGAAAAAAAAUUGGUGGCAGAGUUAUUUCAAUGCCAAAAGAGAACCUACCGCAUGAAAGAUGUUAUCUAGUGUGUUCAGAAGAUGAGGUCAAAAAUGAUUUCUCAAAGCUAAGUACUGAUUUGGUUAUCCAAAGGGGAUGGACAGUGGUGAGGCCGAGUUUCAUUGAGUGGGCAGUAAAAGAAAGAAUUCCACCCAAUGUCGAAGAGCAUGCAGUAGACCUGACUCCUCUGGCAGCUUUGUCGACAGGCGCAUGUGGUGCAAUGCAGCGGUCUGUAGAACGGUUACGAUUUAGGUUAUGCUAUAUUUCAUGAUCAGAAACUAAUUUCUUGUCGUAACAUCGUUUCCGCACUCCACUGUAACGAGUUCUUGAAAAGGAUCCGCCACUCUGACCACGGAAGGUUUUCUGAUGCCCUCGAUGCUGAUGAAAACUUCGUCGCCUGGCAGCAACUUUUGAAAUUCACGCUGGGUCUCCAACGCUUUCUGGAGCGAACGUCAAUCAUUGUACAGGGGCGAAGACAGUCGGCGCUGAGAACUGUGUCAAACUGUCGGCUCCAACCAUCGAAGGUAACCUUCUACCUGUCGCCUUUUUGACUUAAGAUGGUGCAUAUAUACCAUCGACCGUCAUGAAGACUUUCGUAUUUUUUUCCGAUUUCAUAAGCCACAGUUUACGUCGUCGUGUACACGCGAUUAAUGAGCGAGAUAAUUAAACGAACCAAGAUUUCUACU